UAGUAUGUUUGGGGUCUCCAUGGAACGUAGCCUCGUGGGGAGAAUCGUGGGGUAACCUAUUCAGUUUCGGUUCGGUUUGGUAAUUGGCCCGGGAAUAGACCGGGUAUGCCAUUCCAGGCACGGCGGGCGCACUUUGUGGGUCAACGUUAGAGCCCAGUUCAACGAGAGAUCACAAGAGAUCACAAGGGUCACAAGGGUUACAAGUGGUGGAAUGCAAACGGUUUCCGGGGACACUGACCGAUAGCGGAAUGCUCUGCUCGGGUACAGCAGAGACACCUAGCUAUCUACAUGGGAACUCGGUCUGAGUAUGCUGAAUUGAAAUCUUCGCACACUCAAGAAUGGGGGAAAGGGGCAGGUAACAAUAAGCCUUCACUAUCUACCUACUGACAAACAAAGGCAUCGUCGGUUACAUAAAUGAUACUCAUGUCUCCUCGGGCCCCGAAUCACGUAGCCCCAGUGGCUUGUAAGAUGCUUCAAUCUUUCGGGACUUCAAUUCGAAGACCAAGGCCUGGGAUACAAUGGCAACCAUCCAGGCGGAGGACUCAUACCUCGUCAAGAGACAGGUCACACCUACCGCUUGAUGGCAUAACCGUCGUCAGCUUAGAGCAAGCCAUUGCGGCGCCAUUUUGUACCCGUCAACUCGCCGAUCUAGGUGCCCGGGUAAUCAAGGUGGAGCGGCCGGUGACAGGCGACUUCGCGCGGGCAUACGACACAAGAGUCAACGGGUUGGCCUCUCACUUUGUCUGGGUGAACCGCUCUAAAGAGAGUCUAGCCCUCGAUCUGAAGCAAGAGAGAGAUCUAAAUAAUUUGAAGAGGCUGCUCAAGAAAACCGACGUCUUGGUCCAGAAUCUCACGCCGGGCGCUACCGACCGUCUAGGGAUCUCAUACGCGAAAUUAAAAGAUGAACACCCAUCCUUGAUAUUCUGUGACAUAUCAGGAUACGGAGACAGUGGCCCCUACCGUGACAAGAAGGCUUACGACCUCCUUGUGCAAAGUGAGGCAGGUCUUCUCUCCGUCACCGGUACUGAAACGGAACACGCCAAGGCCGGCAUCUCGAUCGCCGAUAUUGCCGCUGGAAUGUAUGCAUACACUGGCGUCCUGGCUGCGCUGAUGAAGCGCAGCAAGACUGGGAAAGGGUCUAAACUGGAUAUCUCCAUGCUCGAGGCGAUGACCGAGUGGAUGAACUUUCCCAUGUACUACGCGUACAACGGGCAGUCAGCACCCAGACGAAGUGGCGCUGCUCACGCGGCAAUAUAUCCCUAUGGACCAUUUGAGACUGGCGGAAAUGGCACAGUCCUGCUCGGAAUCCAGAAUGAGAGAGAGUGGGCCAAGCUAUGUACAGAGGUGCUGGAGCUACGAGAUCUGGCUCUUAACCCUCUAUUCACCAAUAACUCGCUUCGCGUACAAAACCGUGACAAGCUCAGAAAAAUUAUUUGUGACAGUUUCUCCAACUUGUCAGUUGCCGAGGUAAUAUAUAAGCUUGAUAAAGCCCAGAUUGCCAAUGCACAACUCAAGGAUAUGCAGGGUUUAUGGAACCACGAACAGCUACGAGCACGGGGGCGAUGGACGGAAGUUGAGACAUCAAAGGGCUGGAUACCAGCAUUAUUACCUCCUGGCAUUGCAAGUCUAGAAGACACGCGCAUGGACAAGGUACCAGAAGUUGGGGAACAUAAUGCGGAGAUCCUGGCCGAGUUGGGUCUAGAACUGUGAGGGCGAAGACAGGAAUUUGCUGCUGCUAUGCAUCUAGCAUGCAGCCCAAGGUAAUCAGAUUUUACUAUUCCACCAUUGAACCCGGUGUAUAUAGUCCUGUCAUCAGCUAUCUUGCAGCUCUACCAGUUUCAUGUAAG